GAGGACAUCAGGGUUAGCCUCUGUGCAUGUGGGUUCAACUACAUAUCCUGUUUUAACCUUCCAAAUAAUAUGUUUGGGUGGAGCUGGUGUCUCCAGUUGUCAUUAGGCGAAAGGUUAUUGUGUUUCAAGCUAACCUAAAAAAACAAGGAGUCUGCAUUCUUUGAAAAAAGCUCACAGGACGUGAACACCACUCAGAAAAUCUUUUUACACGUUCUCAUGUUGGACCGUGUUGCCCAGCGCAGUGUAGGUGAUGGUAGACGAGACUCAGGUCCGACCACAGGAACAGUGACUCAGCGAGAUAUAAUCGACCCUGUGAGGAAAAUUCUCCUCACUGUUGUUAAAGGACAAAGGCUAUAUUCAACAUUCUACCAAAGAUGUUAUAAUCAAACCAAUCUCAAGCAAAUCUCUGACCUCUUAAAACUAUGAGAUUGUGCAAAAAAAGCUGGUGGCACCUGUUACUGGUGCUCACCGUUGCACUGGGAUCACUGUGGAUGGUGUUGCUGGUCCUUCAGCUGGACACAUCCUUGCCUCUUGACCUGAUCCACAGUCACAGCUGGUUGGAGUACAAGGAUCAUGAUUUUGGCCCAGAGAGCAUAUGCAACUGCUCAGCAAUUCAGCAGGGAGACCAGGAGGCCCUGCAGGAAGCCAAAUUAUUAACUAUUACAAAACACUUCCGGAAGACCAUUCAGAUCCCUGAUGAGUAUUACAUCAACCAAACCCAAGACUGCAGACAAUUCAAGUCAAAGAGAAAAUACAUAACACUUCCUCUUAGCAAAGAAGAGGAGGAAUUUGCUCUGGCUUAUUCCAUAGUUGUCCAUCACAAGGUGCAGAACUUUGAACGACUGCUGCGAGCCAUCUAUGCACCUCAGAACAUUUAUUGUGUUCAUGUGGACAAGAAAUCCCAGCCCUCUGUACAAGCUGCCAUUGAGAGCAUUGUUUCUUGUUUCCCCAAUGUCUUCAUGGUCAGUCAGGCUGUGAGCAUGGUCUAUGCUGGUUGGCCGCGAGUCCAAGCUGACCUUAACUGCAUGGCUGACCUCUAUAAAGCCAGUGCAGAAUGGAAGUACUUCAUCAAUCUCUGUGGGCAGGACUUCCCUCUGAAAACCAACUUGGAAAUGGUAAGGAUGCUGCGCUCGCUGAAGGGCGGCAACAGCAUGGAGACAGAAGACAUGCCCGCAGGGAAGAAGUGGAGGAUAACAAUGGUUCACAAGAUUGUUAAUGGGACAAUCAAGUCGACAGGAAAGUCAAAAAGCCAACCUCCAUUCAACCUGCCCAUUAAGUCAGGAAACGCAUACAUCGUGGUAACUCGGGGCUACGUCCGCAGUGUUUUGGAAGACACCCGAAUACAAGCUCUUAUUGAGUGGUCCAAAGACACCUACAGUCCUGAUGAGUUCCUAUGGGCGACCAUUCAGCGAAUCCCUGGUGUUCCCGGCUCGACGAGGCCCCACCCAAAGUACGACCAGACGGACAUUAAUGCCAUUGCACGGCUGGUCAAGUGGUGGUGGCAUGAGGGAUCGCAGGAUUCAGCAGUUUACCCCGAGUGUCAGGGCAGCCACGUAAGGUCCAUAUGUGUAUAUGGAGCUGGGGACCUACAAUGGCUGCUGGAAAACCAUCACCUUUUUGCCAACAAGUUUGACACAUACAGUGAUCCCAUUCCUGUCUUCUGCUUGGAAAAAUAUCUCAGACAGAAAGCUCUGGCCAAGUCAGAAGCUGAAGAUUUUUUCUGGUCUCCAUAGAUUAAAAUAAGAUUAUCUGCUACAUCUUGCAGAAAGUGCUUCCCUGUGUCCAGUUGUAAUUCACCUUACACCUGAAGACUGAGUUGAAGGCCAACAGCUUCUCUGCGUGACUUCAUUUAUCAAGCCUCAAAGUAUUUCAUUCACAUUGGUAAAGGUUCAAGUAUUUGAUCAGGAAGCCUCCUGGGCACCUCCCUUUGGAGGUUUUCUGGGCUCAACCCACUGGAAGGAGACCCCAGAGAAGACCCAUAAAUCGAUGGUGGGACAAUAUAUCCCAACUGCCCUAGGAGCCCCUUGGAAACCCCAAGAAUGAGCUGGAGGAUGGCGCUGGGAAGAGGGAUGCGUGGGGUUCCCUGCUGGACCUGUUGCCAGUUAUUACCUGAAUACAAAUAUCUAAGAAAUAUCCUUAAAGUCUGAUAUGACACAAUUGGGUUAAAAAAAACUAAAGUUAAAAUAUAGCUUAACUUUUUUCUAAAUUCAGGCUUGUCUUCCUUUUGAGUCAAUGAAAAGGCUUGUUAUUACCCUUAAUGGGUACUAACAGGAAAUUUCCUUAACUGUGAUCUGCUUGCUCACGAUUUGUGUGUUUAUAAAAAUAAAAUCGAGCUUUUGGGCUCCAAACAGA